AUCCAAUCAUCAUCUUGUCUUUCGGAGCAGCUCAGACUUCGAUUUCUCUCGUAGUGAUCAAACAGCCACAGCUCCCUCUACGCAAGUGACUCCGGCCUUCAACCAGUCUCCAACGGGAUUGGGAAUGUCACACCAUUCAUACCAGCUUCGGCGUUGAUACCUCCACCUUCACACCCCAAUCAUGAAGGGCCCAGCGACCAGGUUAAUUCUCAGCGCCCAACGCCCACGAGUUUUUACUCGUCCGUCCUUCGCAACCACCCCCUUUACCACGCCGUCUGUACGCAGAUAUGCGUCGACAACCGGGACUCCUGCAAGCGGCAGUUCACGUGUGCUCAACUUCUUCUAUGGCUCAACCAUCGUUCUAGGGUUAGGUAUCAUCUAUGUCUACGUCACGGACACCAGAGCUAGUGCACACCGGUAUAUCGUCAUUCCAGCUCUGAGAUGGUUCUAUCCCGACCCAGAAGAGGCUCACGAGACCGCUAACCAGGUGUUGAAGUCGCUCUGGGACUUUGGCCUUUACCCACGAGAGCGUGGCGAUCCUGACCAGAUAGGGGAUCUGGAGGUGGAGGUGUUUGGCCGUACCAUCCGAAACCCGAUAGCAACUUCUGCUGGCAUUGACAAACAUGCCGAUAUUCCUGACCCUCUUUUUGCUGUUGGCCCUGCCAUCAUUGAAAUCGGCGGAACGACUCCCAUGCCGCAGUCCGGUAACGUCAAACCUCGAGUUUUUCGGCUGACUUCUCAACAAGCGAUGAUCAACAGAUAUGGCCUCAAUUCCGAAGGAGCUGACCAUAUUGCCAUGAGGCUACGAAACCGAGUGCGCAAAUUUGCCUAUCGACUUGGUUUGGGCCAGGAUGAGGUUGCAGAAAAGGCUGUGUUGGACGGCAUUGCUGGUGUUCCGCCCGGAAGUCUGACACCUGGUAAAUUACUUGCUAUCAAUAUUGCCAAGAACAAGAUCACCCCUGAAGAUGAUGUUGAUGCGGUCACCAAAGACUAUGUCUACUGUGUUGACACCGUAGGCCCUUAUGCUGACAUACUGGUUGUCAAUGUUUCGAGCCCGAACACCCCCGGCCUUCGGUCGCUGCAACAGUCGGACAAGCUUCAAAAGAUUUUGAGCGGUGUGGUCAAAGCUGCCCAUUCGGUAGACAGGAAAACAAGACCUGCUGUUAUGGUGAAAGUCAGUCCAGAUGAAGAUUCGGAUGCCCAAAUUUCUGGCAUUUGCGAUGCGGUGUGGGCAGCAGGAGUUGACGGCGUUAUCGUAGGCAACACUACGAAUCGACGACCAGAACCGUUGCCACAUCUUAAAAAUCUGUCUUCGCUCGAAGAACAACACCUACUUGAGACGGGCGGAUUUUCUGGCCCACACCUGUUUGAUAGAACCGUCUCAUUGGUCAAACGUUACAGAAAACUUCUGAUGGAAAGGCCUCCCACGGAUGAACGUGUGCCUCAAGCGCCAAGUGCACUGCAAGCUGAAGCUCAAAAGAUCAAGAGUGCUCUUGAAACUCCAUCAGGGUCAGCCCCCUCUACGAGCCCUGACGCUGUAACGGCAUCGGUCGAUACUGGUGUCAUCCCCGCUCAGCCUAUGCCCGAGCAGACCAAUUCAGAAAAGCAGCCUCUUUUCAAUCUUCCCAAAGAUCGCUUCUACGACAAGCCUCUAGAGGAGCAGGAUAAUAUAGACAACUCGAAUGCUGCGUUUCCAGAGAAACCUUCUGCCCAGCCAGUCGACGAAGUAGGGCGUCUGCAAGCGAUUCAAGAAGCCAUUGAACGCCUUCCGCCUCGAGAGCAGCGCGAUGCAUUCGACAAGUUGGAGACACCCGUCCAUCUAGCCUCAAAUGACCAGCCGAAAGUCAUUUUUGCGACUGGCGGUAUCACCAACGGAAAGCAGGCCCUGGAAGUACUCAAUGCGGGUGCCAACGUCGCAAUGGUGUAUACGGCCCUGGUCUACGGAGGCGUUGGCACGGUAUCACGAAUCAAAGAUGAGAUGCGAGCGGAGAUGAGGCGUCAGGCAGCGGAAAAAUACCCUAAUGUUCUAGGUGACGCGGUCAAAACCCCCUGAAGCAUGCUACCAUGACUCCGGUCGCGCCAACUCGAGAUGGAUCAACCUGACUGUCUCGCCAUGCUCAACGAUCAUUUCCUCCGAAACCUUCUGGAACCCAUAUUUAGCCAAUAUUCGAGCACUUCCAAGAUUGUUCUCAACUGUGUCUGCCGUCAAAACCUCUGGCCUCCACGUGUCUGUAUUGUCAUCGUCAUCUUCGUUGAUUACCACCUCUUUCCUGGGCAGUUGCCAGUAUGCUUGCAGCCAUCCCUGGAAGGCUUCCGUGGCAUAGCCCUUACCCCAUGCCUCUUUAACAAACAUAUAUCCGACCUCAGGCGGUUCGAUAAUAUAACAUCCCAUGACCCCUAUGGCUUUCCCUGGGAGCAAACGCUCUUCCACGGCGAAGUUGAAAGUGGUAGCAUCAUUUGGCGGCAGAAAUCGAUUCAUCCAGACUUGAGUCGCAUCUUGGCUCGCGUCUGGUUUCCCCUGGCUCGUCCAUUUCAUGACCUCCGCCUGGUUCCGUAGUACAACAAAAGCAGCUAGAUCAGUCUGUUGAAUUGGUCGAAGAAGCAAUCGAGGUGUUACAAUCGGUGGUGGUGGGACCGGGAACACGGGACGCGUGGUUUUCAUAUUCACUGGGAGAGACUGGGAGGAUUAAGCCGGAGAAAGAAAUUUACGCCAUUGACAACAGGGGGAGGGUUCAUGUAUUCAUAUAUCGAUGCAAUAACUGCC